AUGGAGCACUCAUCAUCCCCCUUGCUUGGGUUUCAAGAGGGUCCCAUUGAUCCUGCAACAGGAACUUCCCUUUCGUUAGAAAAGCUUCAAUCCUUGUUGGAUUUAUAUUAUUCUGGAACGUUGUACAUUUCUACCCCAGGAAUGACACAACAAAAUCAGCAGCAACAAACCAAUAUCGAAACUAUGCUUCAACGCUCAUUUGGUUCCGAUAGAGAUUGUUGGAAGAAAGGUUUGCUGCUCCUAAUGUCUUCGGCUUCAUCCAUUAAUGCAUCAUCUUUACAGCAUGUUCAAUGGUUUGCCUUGACAUUAUUGGAGGAGAGUGUCCAUCAUGUGGAGUAUUGGCAAAAUCAAAUGACUCUCGAGGAGAGACAACAAGUUGAAAAUGUGUUAAUGACGAACAUUUUACCUAAUUUUAGACACUUUGCAACACCCAUCUGGAGAAAAGCUUGUAAAGUUGUGGUGGAAAUUGCCAAGAUGGAAUGGCCACAAAAUUGGCCAAAUUUAUUGCCACAAAUAUUUCAAAUUGGAAACAACUCGGAAACAGCAGUAGUUGCGUUAACAAUUUUACAAAUGUUGUCGGAAGAAAUUUCAAAUAUGAGUGGAGAGAGUAAACAGGAUAAAGAUGAUAUUCCGGAAGAUAGAAAAGAGUCUCUAUAUAAUUCAAUGUUGAUUGUUGUUGAUGAUUUGUUACGGUUUUUAGAAAGUAUUCUAUCCUCAUUAUAUCCAGGAUAUUAUGGAACUGUUUUACGUGCCUUCAUAGAAAACAAUUCACAAUUACUAGAACAAUUGUUCCAACAAUUCAAAUCCGUUUCUGAAAUUACCAUUUCCUCAUUGGAUUGUUUGACUCACGUGUUGUCAUGGGUCAGCCCAAUUGAAAAAUAUUUAUUGUCACACUCUACUCUCUUUUCAAAUAUUGUUCAAUACUCCUCUCUCUACUUUAAUAUUCAUAAUUGUACUUCAUCAUUGGAAAAAGCAAAAGAAAAUAUUGAAAACGUUGUUUCAGAUAUCAGUAUUAAAGCAUUAAACUGCUUUAAUGAAAUAAUCUCCAAACCAAUGAGAAGUACAGGAUUAGGCCAACAAAAUGCACAAUUAUUAGGAACACUAAUGAACACCAUGUAUUCCACCAUGUUACAGCUACUUCAAAAUUACAUCAAUUUAUUCAAUAUCAAUGAUAUUUCAAAAAAGGAAAAUUUGGUAGAUAAGUUUUCACAAGGUCAGCACGAAGAAUUUGUUCACAAAAUGAAUCUCAUUCUUCAAGGAUUUUCUGAGAAUCAUCUUUCCAGAAUUUUAUUAUGUGAAAGUCCUGAGAAUGUUUCUGCAGAACUUGCUUGGCUUGGACUGAACUUUCCAGUUACAACAUUUAUUGAAAUUCUUUUUUCGUAUACUACAUUGCAAUUUACAACUGAUAACUAUCAAACAGCAAUUACGAUUUGGAAUCAAUUCUUAGAUUCAAUGAUGAACUCUUUUGAUGAUUUGACAUCAUAUACCCAUUUUGAAUUUUUCAAGAGAGCUCUACUAAGCUUAGUUGAUGAUGUAUUAAGAAGAACCAACUUUAGAGAUAUGAAAAAUUAUUUUAACACCAAACUUUCUGCUAACAUUGAUCUUGAAUAUUUAAACGAAUUGGAUGAUGAAAAGAAAGAUGUACACGAUUCUACAGAACUUGACAAUUAUUUGGAAAUUUGUAUUGAUGUGGUUGGAAAUAUUGCAGAGCUUUUCCCAAAUGAAACCGUCCAGUUGAUCAUUGAAAAAUUCAAUAUUUUGGUGGAUGUUGAGUUUACACAAAAUUUAUUUGGAAAGCUACUUCCAUCCAAAAUUCAACAGCAACAACUUCUGAGUUCAGAAGAAGUUGAUUACAUGAGAACCGUUUGUAAAGAUGUUCGCUCUGCAUUAAUUACUCUCACUCGAUUAUCCAAUGUGAUGGUUUGCCACUUUGAAACAAUGUUUUCCAUUUCCACAACAGUUAUUUCCAAAGUAUUGACAAUACAGAAUAUGGGUAUUCGAAACAUUUUCUCUGAUAACAAUUCUCAACUUGCUCUCUUGUUGAAGAGUUCACAUCCUCACUCGAGCACACUUGGAUUAUUUAGAUUAACAGGUGAAACUUUUUCAUUCCUACAACAGUACACGAGAUGGAUCUUUUUGUUUGGAUCGAGUAUUUCCAAAGGCAUUCUGGAAGCAUUUUCCAAACAAAAUUCCUCACAUAAUGUUUCAUCUGAUCUUGCCGAGAUGCAAAAUCAAUAUGUAGUAUUGGUUACAAGUAUUAUCGAAAAUAUUGCACAGUCCUUAGUUUUAUCGAGCUCUGCGACCAAUUUCAUCAUUCCCUAUGAGAUUGUAUCUUCAGCUGUUAGUCUGUUGCUCUUAAUGACUUCUGCUCUUUCACAAUUGGAUUACACAUUGCAGACGCCUCCUUCUUGGAACGCCAUUGCUUAUAAGCAUAUUACUUCUACCUCUAUUGAAGAGAUUAAAUCCUUCAAUGAGGUUAUUAUUCCCAACAUGCAUACAAUGCUCUCCUCUCUAUCUGCACGUUAUCCUCCAUUGUUGGAAAAUGCAGAAAAUAUUAUCUCAAAACUGUAUGUCUCUGUGUCUGUGAGCAUUUUGAAUAGAAUAAGAAUUAUUCCAUUGACUGUGAAAAAUAUGGAUACCAAAAAAGCCCAAACGGUUGUGUAUGAAAUGUACAAUAAUUUAUUGGGCUCACAGCUCAUUACUCCGUUCGAACAAGCAAUUCAAAUGCUCAAUACUCAGCAUAACAGCGAGUUGGUUCAAUUCAUUUCUCUGUUAUUCAAAAUUUCCCAAAGUGUUUUGAGAAAUAUCAAACAUCAACCUAAACAAUGCAAACAAGUCGGUUUUGAGGUAAUGAAGAAAGUAACCGCUCCAGAUCUUAUUGUAAAUUUGAUGAAUUUUACACUCAAUCAUAGUACCGAUAAGACACACCUUGCACUCUUAGAAGUCAUUAUUGAUUUACAAAUUAACCUGUUUGAUGACUGGAAGGCAGAAGUUGGCCACGAAUAUAUCAAUGGAAUUAUCAACACAUUCAUGGAUAUUAUGACAAGAUCUUCUUCUAUGAGCCUUUUCAUGAAAGAGCCUAUUGGUAGAAAUGUGUUGACUCAAUUUUUAAAAUUGUUAAAAGCACUCGUAUCAGAUGGUUCAGGAAAAUAUGCAGGAACUAUUGGAAAAAUUAUUUACAUCAGUAGAAAUUUACUUUAUCCUGAACUGAAAAAUGUUGGAGAAGGAAAACUAUCUGGUAACGUUGGUGCCAUUGAAGUGUUGCCCUAUUAUUAUGACAUGCUUUACGGAAUUCUUCACUAUAAUUGGAAGCAUUUCUUUUCAGCACAAAUGAUAAACAAUGAAUUCCAAGAAAUGCAAUGCACUAGUAAUGAGGCAUUUGAAGAGUUUUGUUUCAUAAUGGAAUGCUUUUUGAAUUCCUUCUUUUCGACUGAUAUUACUAUUUUCAAGACUAAUUUGGCUCAUUUGGAGAGUUUGAACGAUCACCACAAAUUCUAUGAACGACCAAUUUUCAAGCAACGCAUUCCAAGCUUGGGCAACCUUUCUAUUAUGGAUAGUUUCAUGAAUGCCUUCUUAAAUAUUCUCAUUGCCAAAAGUCACAGCUUGUAUAAGAAUGAUCUACUGCUCACCAUUUUCAACAUGGUCAAUGCAGGAAAUUGGAAUCACUUUGCCAACUAUAUCCAAGAAUUUUUGAGUAGUGAUAACAAGCUUGUUCAAAAAUUGACCAAUGAACAAAAACAACAACUGCUUGUGAGAUUAGUGAUGAAGCUAGAUUCAUAUGAUGAACAUGAUUGGAAAUCAUUCCAAAACUUUUCUCGAAGACUUUCACAAUUUACGAAUGACCUUUCUUACAGUGUGAAGCAAAAUACUCGAUCUGGAUUGUCUUUCUUGACCAUGAUUUGA